UCCGACACCUUGGUGAUACGGAACUCGGGAAGAAAGAGGCCAAGAUGGCGGCCGCCUCGGCGGAACAGGAAGUUUUCCUUUUUUCCAACCCGUUCUCGGCUUUCCUUCUUUUGGCUGAGCUGCUUUUGCUGGCUCAAGCCCCCGCCUUUAACAUCGCAUCUCCCUUCUGUCACCAUCACAUCCCCAGUGCCAGGGAGGUUAUUUACAAAGUUUAUCUUAAAGAAAAUCGAGUUAUGAAAAGAAACAUUAAUGAACAACUAAGAAUUAAGACUGUAUAUGACAGAAGUGUUGAAGAAUUGCUCCCUGAAAAAAAACAGCUUAUAAAGAACAAGCUUUUCCCACAAGCUAUUUCUUAUUUAGAGAAGGCAUUUCAAGUUCGGAAACCUAUGGGUACUGUCCUGUUAAGUAGACUGUGUGUAACAAACCAGUAUUUAAGGAAGAAGGAUGAUCCUCACAGAUACUGUCGAGAAGCCUGUGCAGAACAUACCAAGUGUGGGCCAGUUAUAGUCCCUGAAGAACAUCUGCAGCAAUGUAGGGUAUGUAAUACAAAUGGACGGAAUUGUCAAACUGUUGGCAAAGCAGACCCGGACGGCGUUCGAGAUGCUGAUUUUAUACUGUAUGUUAGUGCUCUGACUACUGAAAGAUGUGGCCAAGAAAACAUCAUCGCAUACGCAGCAUAUUGUCAGCUAGAAGCAGAUAUGGACAGACCAAUUGCAGGAUAUGCUAAUCUGUGUCCAAAUAUGAUUUCAACUCAACCACAGGAGUUUAUUGGCAUGUUGUCUACAGUGAAACAUGAAAUCAUUCAUGCUUUGGGUUUCUCCGCUGGACUUUUUGCAUUUUAUCGUGAUGAUGAUGGAAAUCCUUUGACUCCUAGAUAUGCAAAUGGAUUGCCACUAUUUAAUGAAAGCCUUGGUGUGCAUCAGUGGAGUGAUAAAGUUAUACGUAAAGCAGUAAGAUUAUGGGAUGUGCGGGAUAAUAACAUUUUGCCUCAUAAUGUAUUCCUUUUGGUAACUCCUAAGGUAGUUAGGGAAGCAAGAAAACACUUUGACUGUCCAAAUUUAGAAGGAAUGGAACUGGAAAAUCAAGGUGGCAUAGGUACAGAGCUUAAUCACUGGGAGAAACGGUUAUUAGAGAAUGAAGCAAUGACUGGAUCACAAACACAGAACAGGGUCUUCUCCCGGAUUACUCUGGCAUUAAUGGAAGACACUGGCUGGUAUCAAGCCAAUUAUAGUAUGGCGGAAAAACUAGAAUGGGGCCGAGGAAAAGGCUGCGACUUUGUGAUGAAAAGCUGCAAGUUUUGGAUCAAUCAGCAACGGAGAAAAAAAGAACCAGUAGCCCCAUAUUGUGACACUCUGAGAAGUAAUCCAUUACAAUUAACAUGCAGGCAGGACCAAAGAGCAGUAGCAGUGUGCAAUUUACAGAAGUUCUCUCAGCAGUUGCCUCAGGAAUAUCAGUAUUUUGAUCGUCUGUAUGGCGUGUUGCCAAAAGAUUUGCCGUAUUAUGGUGGAUCAGUUGAAAUUGCUGACUACUGCCCUUUUAGUCAAGAAUUUAGUUGGCACUUAAGCGGUGAAUUUCAGCGCAGUUCAGAUUGUCGGAUACUGGAAAACCAACCAGAUCCUUUCAGAAACUAUGGUGCAGAGAAAUAUGGGCCAAAUUCCAUUUGCCUCAUUCAAAAGUCAGCUUUCAUUAUGGAACAGUGCAGAAAGAAACUGAGUUAUCCUGAUUGGGGUAGUGGGUGUUAUCAGGUUUCUUGCUCUCCCCGUGGACUGACUGUUUGGGUCAAGGACAUGGCAUAUUUGUGUAGUCACUCAGGUCAAAUUCUCACAGUGAAUAUUCAGAUGAAUGGAUGGCUACAUAUGGGGAAUCUAAUUUGCCCAGCGUGCUUGGAUUUCUGCAAUUUCUGUCCUCCUGAACAAGAUCCCCCUCCAGUUGCUAAUUUAACAAGAGUUGUACCUAUUGAUCUGUGUUCCUGUUCUCCCAGCCUGGUAAUAACUCUGUGGCUACUGAUGGUGAAUUUGUUUCCAUUACUAGCUGGAUUUCUUCUGUGUGCAUGGAGUUAAAAUGUGCAUAUUUUGUCAAAGAUUUGUCAAAGGUCCCCUACAGCUAAUCCCAUCUUGAAGGAGCUGUCCAGAAGGGCAGUCUACAUUUUGCAAGGAGUCCAACUAGGAAAGUCUGACUAAAGUUUCUAGAAAGAUAGAGACAAUAUUUAGAAGGUUAUCUCAAUGAAGAGCUAGUGUUGAUCGAAAUGUCUAAUUUUCACAUUGAUAACAAAUUUGGAGGAACAAAUUUGCCAGUGUAGUUUAAUGCCUUCGGUUGACACUCUUCUGGGUGAACUUUUUAUUAUGUGCAAUUCUCUAUGAUAUAAUUUUGUAGUUGGGUUCUUGUUUUGGCAUCUUUUGACAGAGAUAUACCUCAGUUUCCUUUAGUCAAAAGCCAUAAAAAUCAGUUGCCAUUACUGUUAAUAACAACUCAGCAUUAAGUGGAGAAUUCAAAACUAAGAGCGUCUUGGCUUUGGUGUUAAGAUGCUUCCAGAGUUACUCGGUAGACUCUGGUGAUUCCAAGUUAUUUCUUCUAUGAAGCUUUUGCUGCUCAAAAUAUGAAAGAGCUUUUCAACAGCUGCACAAUAUGCACUUUUAGAAUAUUUGAAUGAAAAUAUAUCUCCAUUUUAACAGUAAGCAAAACUAUUCUUCAAUGGCUUUUUUCUUCAAAGGCUAGAAACAAAGUAUGCUUGCUGGGAUGUAAGCUUCCUUGAACUCAGUUGAGCCUACAGUACAGUGUUUCUGAGUAACUAAAUUUGGUUGGGCUACAUACUUUGUUUCUUACCAGGUAAUUUGAGUAAUUUAAUUGUUUUCAUAGAUAUUUCCCUUGUGUUAUGAAACAUGCAAAGAUUAGUAAUCUAUACCUACCCCAUCCCAGUUGUCUUAGAAAAGAUUGAAGUGAUGACACAUUUCACCAUUAGAUUGUAGUGCUUAAUACUUAGGGAAAAGGUGAUAACAGUGGGAAAAUGUUAGAGAUAAUAUAUAGAUUACUUUGUAGCAAAAAUAUAAUUUUAUUACCAAGCGACCCCAUUUGGCUGUUGGAUGAAAGAACAGUUAACUUUAAAUUUAUGUUAGGGAAUACAAGGGCUUACAUAUACUGUGGAGUUCUUGAUGCUCUGUAAACUUGGUUGUUUGCUCACAGACAUUUCAUUACCUGAUUAGAUAACAUCAUCAGUGCUAGAGAGUAUGGGGUUUUCUCCCUGUUUAUAAGCACUAUCUUGCCUUACAAGGGUUUUGUGUGGGUGUGGUUUUCUCCUUGGUAGUUCCUUGAUUAGGGUAUUUAUUGUUUGUCUGGUAUUAAUUCCUGCUUAUAAUACGGGUGUAUUAUAAGCAGGAAAGGAUGUGGUUGGUUAUUGGAAAGGAUGUGUUCGGGGGGGGGUGUUUCCUUUUUAGCUUUUUUAUUGUCUCUUGAAUGUGUAUAAAUGUAAAUGGCUUUGAAUGCCAAGCAUCCAGGAAAUGCCAAGCAUCCAAGAUUGGUCUGGGAUGCUCACAGUUUCCCAGUUGAAACCACGGUUGAGUUUGCUCUUGUUUUGUGAGAUUAAGGAGUGUUCAUCAUGUCUUCUUCUGAUUGCUAGUUGGUGUUUGUGGGUGUGCUCUACUAGUUUUCUACCUGUCUGUCCUAUGUAGUUGCUAUUAACCAUUCUCACAUAUACAUUGUGUAUAAACAAAGCAAACCCCACACUUACUAGCACAGAUGAUGGUACUUAAUCAGGUAAUGAAACAACUGCAAAGAAACAACCAAGCAUGGAGAGCACCUAAGACUUCACAGUUCAACCCUGAACUACAUAUAUUCUCUUCUAUUGGAACUUAAAUAUACUUUUUAGAGGGCACAGAUUAAUUACCGUGUCACAGAAAACUGCACAUUAUAUAAAAAUUUAGUGUAUAAUUUUUAUAUUCCAGUUUCUUGGAGAAUGAAAAAUGUUCAAGGACCUAGUUGUGGUAUUUUUUUUCCCAGAUUGGGGAGCAAAGACUAUGUAGUCAUAAUGUUGUUUCAUAUCCUGAAAGCUGUGACUAAUAGAGAUGGUGACUAGGAAUGCUCCUAAAGCUUCUGGUGAAAUAUUCCAGUAGAAGCAGGCUAGACCGUGGGACUAGACAAGAAUCUUAGAUGGGACCCAUCCUAAGAACUCUUCUAUCAAAGCAGAGUAUAGUUGCUCCUAAAGGAAAAAUCUAUAAUAGUGCCUGUUGGAUAACAUUUUUUUCUACAGUAGUCCUUAUUUUUAGAAAGAAAAUGGUGAAAAUUAAGUGGCUUCUCUCCAGCACAGAGGUUCCCAACCUCUGGACUGUGGCCCCUUAAUGGGCCGGAGCCCAUUCAGAACCGGGCUGCAUGAGGGGUGGGUGGGUGCAUGCACGCAGCUCCACUUGCACAAGUGGCAGGCGCUCACGUGUAAACCUCCAUUUGCAGGAAUGGCAGGUACAUGUAUCUGCUGCUUGCACAAAUGGAGCUGCGUGUGCCCCUACCGCUCACACAAACCAUUCCCUCUCCCUCCCACCCCAGCUGGGCUGCUAAGCCGGAAAGGGUGGGGACCUCUGCUCCACAACAAGCAAAGGCUGACUAAAGAAUGUGUGACAGAAUUUGCUUAUAUUACACACCCUGGAUUAGUCUUAAAUAAAGGGAAAGGAGGGUGGGAUGGAAAUCCUGAGCAUAGCAAUAAAAUAUUAGGAUUGAGAAAUGUGUAUACUUUGAAUGAGGAAUAGGAGUUCAUUUUCUAAUCUAAAUGGUUACACGGCUCAAAUUUUAGUGUGAAACAGGUCUGUAAAAAUAAGGAAGAGAAACUAUUUUUAUAUGUGCAAUGUAAAAAAAACGAGUGUCUUGAAAGGAUGCUUUAAAUACUUGAACCUUUUUUUCCCUGUCUGUCUUGAAGUAAAACAAUUGCACUGCAUUCAUUUUUUGAUUUUGUAAGUAUUUAUAUCUAUGUUGAUGUAAUGUUGCUAUAAAAAUAAUGCCAUGGCAUUCUUGACUGAGAAAUGAUUAAUUUGUUGCUGGAUUCUAGUUGAUUCUUUUGAGAAACGGCUAGGAAGAAAGUAUAAUGUGAGAGCACACAACAUUUAAAGAGAUUUUGACUGUUUUACUGUUAUAUGUAAACAUGGUUAUAUCAAUACAAUUUAUGAUACAGACGUGUGAUUGUUUUAAUCUGAGAUUCUUUGUAUGAACAAGAACAUGGUAGCAGUUAAUGAUCCAGUCCCAAACUUAAACCACUUUCCUGCAUUAGAAAUAUUCCAGCAAACAGCAAACCUGUUACAGGUAGUCCUCAAUUUAUGACCACAAUUGGGACUGAAGUUUCCAUCUUAAGUUGGAGAAGUCAUAAAUUGAGUCAUCAUGUGACUGGAUCUAAUUUUGCGAUCAUUUUUACCAUAGGCAUUAAGCAAAUCAUCAUUAAGUGAAUGUGGCUUUUCCAGUGGAUGCAUUUUUGCUGGAAACCAGCAAAAAAAGGUUACACGCUGCAAUCGUGACCACAGGAUAUUGCAAACAGUUAUAAAUGUGAGCUGGUUUUCCAGCGCCCAAAUUGCAAUGAUGUGACUGCAGGGAUGGUGUGAAGGUCGUAAGGGCAAAUAAAAGUUAUAAAGCACUUUUUCCCUGGCUGAUGUAAACUUGAACUAUCUUUAACGAACAGUUAUAAGUCAAAAACUACCUGUAUGUUUUUUUUAAAAAACAAAUAUCCCUAAACCCUGAGCAAAAAA